CGUAAGAUGAUGUGAAACGCUCGUUUCGGCUUGGCAACUCAAGGAAAGGAUAGGAAAAUCCUGCAUCCAAACAGAGCUACUAAAACCCUAACCCCUGAAAUAGCUGACUCUGUGCCGUCGUCUUUCGUAUAUUAACAACCCAUUCAUUUGCUCAUUGGAGGAGAGAGUGAUCGAGACGGUCGCCGGGGAGCCCGUCAACAAUGUCGAAGCGAGGUAGGGGAGGUUCCGCUGGGAACAAAUUUAGGAUGUCGCUGGGUCUACCUGUGGCGGCUACAGUGAACUGUGCCGACAAUACAGGAGCUAAGAACCUUUAUAUCAUUUCGGUGAAGGGGAUCAAGGGCCGCCUUAACCGAUUGCCAUCAGCUUGUGUUGGUGAUAUGGUCAUGGCGACAGUUAAGAAGGGAAAACCUGACCUCAGGAAGAAGGUGCUACCUGCUGUUAUUGUUAGGCAGCGCAAGCCAUGGCGCCGAAAGGAUGGUGUCUUCAUGUACUUCGAAGACAAUGCUGGUGUCAUCGUUAACCCCAAAGGAGAGAUGAAGGGUUCUGCUAUUACAGGUCCAAUUGGAAAGGAAUGUGCUGAUCUAUGGCCCAGAAUUGCAAGUGCUGCGAACGCUAUCGCUUGAUUGUCAAAUCAAAUGCAUUUAUUUCGUCUUUAUCCUUCAAUAGACUAGGGAUUUUAAGAUUUAAUUCAUUGUCUGGGAUUAAAUUAUUUUAUCUCGAGGGAAAAAAAGUAUUGUUCAGAGUUUUGGUUGAAUAUUGUAUGUUAAUUAUCUAAUAUUUGAUUUCUAGUAACCCAUCCAAAUUCUUUCA